UUGUGUAUCAAAACAAACCAAAUCAUAACAAUGUAUGGAUACAAAAAAUAUCGCAAGGGAUCGAAAGUUCAAAACGUAACUGAAAUUUACAAUUACAAAGUGAAAAGCUGCUAUGGGUAUUCCGGUUUUCAAUUGUAUUUCAACAGUGAAGGAUCAAACAAUAUCGAGAAACUUGUAUCAAAUACAGAAACUUUUGCCAGUUACAUUUAUAAAAAUAUCACUCUGUUUCCCAUAAUGAAAAUCAAGGAGAAGCAAAACUUUCAUGUAGAUCUAAAGUUGCUGCUGAAUGAUACAGAAUUCAACAGAGAAUGGGACAAUUUCUCUGCAGAAAUAAUUGAUAAUACUGAGUAUUGUCUUUCGUGCAUGGGUCUGGCAAUGCAUCAAGUGGUGUUGAAAGAUCAGCAAAGGAAUUAUAAUGAUAAAGAUGUUGAGCAGAACACUUACAGUUUGUUCCCAAAAAUCUUUUGCAGAGUAUUAAAUAAUGACCCCAUUUUGCAAAUCAGAAAGCUAAAAGUCAAUUUAUAUGGUAAACUAAUUAGUGUGAGAGGUACUGUAAUUAAGAGGUGCCCUUUGGAAAUGUCCGCUAAAACAUUGGCGUUCUCGUGUGCAACAUGUUUGGGAACUCAAGUUGUUGAACAACUCAAUGGGAAUUACACUAUGCCGAUUAAGUGUUUGAGUACAGGUUGUAGACAACUGAAAUUGUUUAAUCCACUGCUAUCAUCUCCAUACUCCAGGAAAUUCAAUAGGCAAAUUAUAAAAUUGCAAGAACUCCUUGGAUAUUCUGAAGAUCAGAUUGCCAGGAUUCCAAGAACUUUGGAAUGCGAGUUAUCUGAUGAUCUGAUUGAUCAGUGCACGCCAGGCGAUGACGUAUUAAUUACCGGUGUUUUAAAGGUGCAUAAUAUAGAGGAGGCUAAUGCGUUGAGGCAGAGUACAAUGUAUUUACUAUAUUUGGACUGCAUUUCUAUUAUCAAUGAGAAAAAGAAACUCGAUGGAAUAUCUUAUUACGCUAUACAAAAAAUUCACGCUGAGCCUAAUUUAUUUCGUUUACUCGUGCAUUCUCUGUGUCCAACCAUCUACGGGCUAGAGAUGGUGAAGGCUGGCUUAUUGCUGGGACUUUUCGGCGGGACGCAAAAUUCUCGAAACUCUCGUUCGAAUUCGCACAUACUGAUGAUCGGCGAUCCCGGCCUAGGUAAAAGCCAAAUGCUGCAAUCUUGUUGCAAUGUGUCGCCUAGAGGUGUUUACGUGUGCGGCAACACAAGCACCGCUUCCGGCUUAACUGCGAUGUUAACGCGAGAGAACGGUGGAGACUUUGCUCUAGAAGCCGGAGCUCUGGUCCUCGCCGAUCAAGGCUGUUGCUUCAUCGAUGAAUUCGAUAAAAUGUCGCAGCACCAUUCGUAUUUAUUAGAAUUGAUGGAACAGCAGAGCAUCAGUAUAGCGAAAGCGGGCGUCCGUUGCACAUUACCAGCGAAGACAAGCGUAUUGGCUGCGGGAAAUCCGGCCGGCGGGCAUUACAAUAAAGCGAAAUGUGUUGCGGAAAAUUUAAAGAUCAGCGCUCCGCUCCUCUCGAGAUUCGAUCUAAUAUUCAUUUUGAUGGAUAAACCGAACGAGCAAUUAGAUAUGAAGCUCUCAGAACACGUGCUUGCAUUCCAUUCGAAGAAGAGAAACAACAGUUCAUUUGGAUCAUCCAACGCAUCGACUCAAUCCACUUAUCAAAAUGAAUCAACUCCUCUAAGCGAACGUUUAAAAGUGAACAACGGCGAAAGCAUAGAUCAUCUUCCACACUUCCUAAUGCGACAGUACAUAGCUUAUGCCAGGAAAUACGUGCAUCCCAAAUUAAGCAAGGACGCGCAGACCGUGCUCAAAGAGUUUUACUUAGAGUUGAGGAAACAGCACAGCAAUCCUGAUUCGAUGUUCGUAACUUGUAGGCAAUUGCAAUCGUUGGUCCGAUUGACUGAGGCUAGAGCGAAAUUGGAGCUUCGCGAAUUGGCCACGAGCGACGAUGCCAACGAUGUGGUGGAAAUUACGCGUUUCAGCUUACUAGAUACCUUUUCUGAAGACGGAGAAAUUCUGACAGGAACCCAAAGAAAACCUAAUACGAGCAAACAGACAUUGCUGAAAGGAUAUUUGGAGAAUUUACAACGGAAAGUUGAGAUCACCGGAAAAACGUGUUUCGAUACGGAUGGAUUGAAGCUCAUCGCGAAUCAAAUGGGUUUGCAGAAUAACAAAGACAUGUUUGAUUAUAUAUUGAGCACAUUGAAUGUGCAAGGGUAUCUCUUGAAAAAGGGCGCAGGUAUUUAUCAAUAUUCAUGUGCGCUGUAAAAUCACGCAUUUGUGUUAAUAAUAUUUAUUUAAUUGAAUUUAAACAAUCGCAUUGAGCGACCUUUUUUGUUGAUUUGGACACAGCUGUCAAUUAUAGCUGACCUAUAAGAAUUGAGAGACGUUGGAUAGAAAUAUGUUUAAUACUUACGUAAAAUUACGCUCAGUUCUUCAAAUUAUUAGGUAUACACAGAAAGUAAAGUCAUUAUUUUU